AUGGAAAAAGUGAAGCAUCAACCCAAAAUGCCCAACGAAGACGACCGCGGCACGAAUGCCCAGAACAAAGAGCCUCAACUCACAACCCUUGAGGAACUGAACGAUGCUGUCAAAGAUUUUUUUGCCAAGGGGCCUCUGUACGCAUCUUACAAAAUGCUUGCUCUCCAAAUCUCUAUCGUACUGGGCUCCACAGCAGUUGAUGUCAACGAGCCACCUGCCUACGCUAUCCCGUUCAUUGCCGAAGGAUUUCCCUGGCGCGACCCCAAGCUUUCCGCCACGCUCGUUUCAUUAUUUGCAUGUCCCCCAGACCCUCAUUCCGUGUCGGAGACUCUCAAGUGCGGCCACGAUGGCCUAGGCGGAAGCCCUACUGCGGCAGACGUUCCCGGAACCCCACCGGCCGACUUGUCAAAGGUAUUUGCGCGAGCCAAGAAAGCAGCUGUUGAUGGCAAAGUCGGGAAAGCAACAGUCUUGCUAGUGAACCUGGUUGACGUGGAAAUGACCGAAAGACGUGAAAGCGGAUGUUGUGAUAUGAACUACUCCUCCUUUGCGCAUGCUUUUGUGCUGGCUAUUGGCCGGGAAGGAUUCUGCGUGUUCCAAGCAUCAGGCAGACAUGGUUAUCGUCUCGAUCAAUAUCUCAUGAGAGACGGCUCGAGACUUCGCAACUGGGAAGAGGCCAAGACGUUCGUCAACCGAUUUCAAAACCUCGCUUGCUCUCGGGGGAAAUGGUCAACCGAUUUGAACAAGGCCUAUGAGGAAUGCUUUGAGGUGAACAUGAACUCUAUCUGUGGCAAAGGAAAGCCGCUGCCACCCAUUGUUCCAGCUUACCGACCUUGGGUCAACAUUUUUGAAAUCAAUGAUGUCAAAGCAAAGCACUUCAAGAAGUGGACUUGGAAGAAGGGGAACGAGUGA